GGAAUGUUUGACAGCUCGUUUCUUCGCAUUGUGCAUUAUUUAUCACAUUUCACCUGAUAUUUCACCUCAAUCCACCCCAAUUUCUCAACCAACGCAUAGUGAAAACCACUCAUCAGCAGCUGAAGAACAGCAUUAACAUGUCGGAGAAGAAGAAAUUCAAGCGGAGUAAGGAGGAAAUUGCGAAGGAAUUCGACCUUCCGGAGAGGAAAAGCAAGAUCGCGACAAUCAUGAAGCAAGAUGGGCAAGCUUACUGCAUCUGCAGGUCCUCAGAUUGCUCCCGGUUCAUGAUAGGUUGCGAUGGAUGUGAAGAAUGGUACCACGGAGAUUGCAUUAAUAUCUCAGAGAAGGAGUCGAAGCACAUCAAGCAUUACUACUGCCAGCGAUGCAGGGACGAGGAUCCGACACUCCAAACAGUGUUCCGGGCGAUUCCUGCCGUUACAAGCAAGCAUGAGUUUCAUGCGGAAGAGCCUCCGAAAGUCGUGCCUAAGAAGCGCGAAAGCACGUCCAAGAGUCACACAAGAUGUGGAAACUGUGCUGGAUGCAACGCCUCGAAGUGUGGCAGCUGUUCAGCAUGUUUGUCCAAGAAAUCUCGCUGCGAGAAGAGGAUUUGUACAGGACACAAGCAGCCUAAGAUUCAGAAAUCCAAACAUUACGUCUCGCGAAGACGCCACCGAUCUGUAACUCCGGAGCCAGCGAUCAACCCAGCGCUCGAGGGACCGCGCCAGUGUUACGGCCCAAGUUGCAGAAUGACGGCACGUCCUCAGUCUAAGUACUGCUCAGACGAUUGCGGUACUAAACUGGCUACCAGUCGGAUCUACCAAGUCCUUCCGCAGCGCAUUCAGGAGUGGAAUCUGAGCCAGUGCCGCGCUGAGGCCAUCAAUCGGAAGCAACUGGACACCAUUCGAGCCAAGCAGGCGACUGUCAGGGCCACUCUCGCAGACCUCGACAAGCGCCACGCUGAACUAGAUUUGCUGGUGGAGAGAGCCAAGCGAUGCACUCUGGAUCCCAAAGCGCUGGACAACAGCGAUGCAGAGGACGAGAUGUCGAUGUACUGCAUCACUUGUGGCCACGAAAUCCACUCCAAGACGGCAAUUCGCCAUAUGGAGAAGUGCUUUAACAAGUACGAGAGCCAGACCAGCUUCGGUAGCAUCUUCAAGACGAGGAUCGACGGCGGAAAUCCUAUGUUCUGUGACUUCUACAAUCCGAUCAACAAGACUUACUGCAAGCGCCUUCGAGUGCUGUGUCCGGAGCACUGCAAGGAUCCCAAAGUCAGCGACACGGACGUCUGCGGCUGUCCGCUGACAAAGAACGUCUUUGAGCUGGCCGGAGAGUUCUGCAGGGCGCCGAAGAAGUCCUGCUUCAAGCAUUACGUGUGGGAGAAGAUUCGCCGCGCCGAGAUUGAUUUGGAGCGCGUGCGACAGUGGCUGAAGAUGGACGAACUGAUGGAGCAGGAGCGUCAAAUCCGCACUGCCAUGGCGUCCAGGGCUGGAGUACUUGGUCUCAUGCUCCAUUCCACGUACAAUCACGAGAUAAUGGAGAAACUCAUCCCGCAACAGGCGCAACAGAGAUAAAUAUCAGUAGUUCAAUAAAUUUAUUUUAAUAGUGACUCAUUUGAGGAAGAAUAUAGGCUCUUUUGCAUCAUCCAA